CAUCAGAGGACGAAACGAGCGGCCGGAGCCAGCCGGCUAGUUGGGGCUGGGCCGCGCUCAUAUCGUUCUACUUCGAGGUCAGCGACACGUUAGUGAAAUGAAGGGACUCUUGCAGUUAUACUGGGGCCUGUGCUCCAGUGCCAGCCGUCACGCGAGGCCAAACGCUGCGCUUGUCGGUUCCCGAUGCGGGUUUUGCGGAACCCACAGCAAGCCACAGCCAAACUUUGGCUUGUUGUUUGACAUUGAUGGCGUGCUCCUCCGGGGAAGGAUGCUGAUCCCCGCUGCCAAAAAGGCCUUUGAGAAGUUGGUGGAUUCAAAGGGACAGUUUGCGGUGCCGCUGGUUUUCGUGACAAAUGCUGGGAAUUGUCUAAGGCAAACAAAAGCAGAUCAGCUCUCGCACAUCCUUGGAGUACCAAUCACACAAGAUCAAGUCAUGAUGUCUCACAGUCCAUUGAGGAUGUUCAAGAAAUUCCAUGACAAGUGUGUGCUGGUUUCAGGUCAAGGACCAGUUCUGGAAAUUUCCAAAAAUCUCGGCUUCAAUAACGUCAUUAGUAUUGACAUGCUCAGGGAAUCAUUCCCACUUCUGGACAUGGUGGAUCACAACAGGAGACCCAAGCUACCGUCCAGUCCUGUGGGGAACCUUGCCAAGGUUGAGGCUGUGGUUCUGUUUGGGGAGCCAAUCCGAUGGGAGACAAAUCUACAGCUCAUCGUUGAUGUUUUGCUCACCAAUGGCAAUCUCAGUAGCUUGCAUCAAACCCAAAACAUACCUCACCUGCCACUGCUGGCUUGCAACAUGGACCUGAUGUGGAUGGCCGAGGCGCAGUCUCCAAGAUUUGGCCACGGCACAUUUCUUGUGUGCUUAGAAAAUAUUUAUAAAAAGAUCACAGGUAAAGACCUCAAAUAUGAGGCUCUGAUGGGAAAACCAAGUGAGCUGACCUACCAUUUCGCAGAGUUCCUCAUCCGAGGGCAGGCUAUGCAGAGGCAGUGGAAACGUCCCAUAACGUCCCUCUACGCUAUAGGGGAUAAUCUAAUGACUGACAUCUAUGGCGCUAACUUGUACAACCGCUACCUGGAGGUGAGAGCUGCAAGAAAGAGCCCCAAAGCCAGGAUGGCUGCUGCCACAGGCUCCACUACCACAGUGCCUGCGGAGGAUGUUGUUGACAACAUGUGGGAGAGUGAGCUCGCGUUGCCAUCCGCCACUUCCUGUAAGUCCGUUUUAGUGUGCACGGGUGUCUACAACCCUACAGCAGAGGUGCCAUCUGACGCGAGCCGCUGGAUCAAAGAGACCGUGUUCCAUGGCCACAGGGACUUUCGCUUCGACCCUGCGCUGGUGGAGCCAGGCCACAUUGUGCACGAUGUGGCUGAAGCUGUUGAGCUCAUUUUUGAGAAGGAAAAGUUUUUGCCUCAGUAGAGAUGGAGCUUGAGGAAGGGUGGACUCCCGCCUCUUACACUGUGGACAGCAUUGAUUAACCACUACCGAGGGCUUUGAUAUGCUCUUGAAACACUUAGCAGUGGGACAGAUGUUAUGGGGAAAAAAAACAAAAAACAAUGCUUCUGCUACGGUAAGCUGAUCUUUUAUAUUGCUUUUGUCAUAGUUGCCUGCUUUUCCUUUACAGAACUGCCUUGUUUUACUCUGUUCAAUAUUUUGAGACCACAUUGAUGUUGGUAUUACUAGAAAACACGAUAUCAUCCUAUAUUUGUUUACUGGUUUUUCAAGCAUUUCAAACAUUGGACCUUUGUUUUUGAGGCCAUCUUUUAGCAUUACAAUUGUUUACACGUUUUAACCCUUGAAAAUCUAUGCAUGACGAGAAACUUGUACUGUAUGAACAAAUUGUUUGCGGUGCAAUCUUGUCCCCGAGUAGGUAUGCGUUGCACAUAGUUGUGAGAGACGACCAGUAUUUUCAUCUUUUGUUACACGUUACCCUUACCUACCUGUUCAAUUACAUAUGGCAUGCUAACGCUACUUUUAACAAAAGCUUUCUUUUAAUAAUCCAUAUUUGACUGUAGUGUUUCAUUUAUUGUAAAUAGUGUAACUCAAGAAAAUAUAAGGAAUCAUUGCAAAUGUGUGUAGUCUUGUGCUCUUUUAUCAGCCACUAUAUGUACGGUAUUUUCGCGACCAUAAGGCGCAGCCUCAGUUAUGGGGUCUAUUUCUGUAUUCAACACAUACAUAAGGCGGAGCGUAUUAUUGGGCGCAGGCAUAGUAAAACAUACGCUAGCUUAAAACAUACGGUAGCAUGCAUGCACGCUAAAACAAUGUUUUUAAAAAGGCAUCGGGAACAAAACUGAGUUCGGUUGUACUUUAUUGAAGUAUUUAACAAUGUACUCACGUUAUAUCAAUCCUCAUGCACUGUAUCCGAAAUGAGCAGCUGGGCAAUUUCGUCAUCAAACAUGCCGGGUUCCCUCUCGUCAUUGUCGGAGUCAGUCUCGUUGCCGGGGGGCUGUUCAGCAAUGAUGCUGGCUUUCGUGAAAGCCCGGACAACAGUCAAAGCAGAUACCUGCAAUGACUGAUGCCCAAGCAUCCACUUGCGAACCACGGAUUCGUUGAUCUUGAAUUCUCUCGGGGCUGCUCGAUUCCCAUGUUCAUCCGCGUGACUGAUAGCUUGUAGUUUAAACUGUGCUUCGUAGGUGCCGUUUUUGGGGGUCCUUAGCCGAUAUAUACCUACUGGGGGCGUGCCUUUAGCGUCCUCUUUCAUGCGCACCCUUCCCCCUUUAAAGUCCGCAUGCUGUCCUCAGUCACGUCCACCUUCCUCUAUAUAAGCAGCGUGUCGGCAGGAAA